AUGUCCACUUCAACUGCGCUCAUUCAAGAACGAUUCAGUCACAUUAAAAACGUGAUACUUGUACUCUCUGGCAAAGGAGGAGUUGGGAAAAGCACAACAUCAUGCCAAUUAGCACUCACACUUGCAUCCUUGCAUCCCGAUCAACACAUUGGUAUUCUGGAUGUUGAUAUUUGUGGUCCUUCAGUACCUGGUAUUUUGGGCUUAACCGGAUGUGAAAUUGUUCAAUCGACAUCAAAUACCACAAAUACCACCACUAAUAACAACAACAACAUUGGAUGGUCACCUGUACAAGUUCCAUCAGCUCCUAACGUCAAGUGCAUGUCCAUUGGAUUUUUAUUAAAGAAUAAAGAUGAUGCAGUGAUUUGGAGAGGACCUAAAAAGAAUGCCAUGAUUAGACAAUUUAUUGAAGAUGUCAAUUGGGGAGAUUUAGAUUAUUUGAUUAUUGAUACUCCUCCUGGUACGAGCGAUGAACAUAUUACAUUGUGUGAAAUUUUGAGAGAUUUAUCAUUUAUUAUCGCACAAGAACAACAGCAGCAUGAUCCAAUUGUUUCAUCUUCCAUACCUAUUUCGACCAAUAUUUAUGCAAUCAUUGUCACCACUCCUCAACAAGUGAGUACUGUGGAUGUGAGUAGGGAGAUUACAUUUUGCAGAAAGUUGAACAUUCCUAUCAAAGGAAUUAUUGAAAAUAUGAAUGGUUAUGUUUGUCCAUGCUGUAAAGAAAUUACAUAUAUAUUUGGUAGUGGAGGUGGAAAGAAAUUAUGUUCUGAAUAUAACAUUCAAUAUUUGGGUUCUAUACCAAUUGAACCAGAAUUAGCCAAUGCUGAAGAUAACGGAAUUAAUUAUAUCAAGAACUUUGCCAACUCGGUGACUGCAACCCAAUUUGAAUCCAUUGUUAAGAAUUAUUUGUAA